AUGUCCUGGAAGGAGGAGUGCAUGAGUCCACCCUCAUGUUUCAUCCAGCGCCUGGAUCACCUUGUGUUAACUGUGAAGAGCAUUGAAGACACUGUGGCCUUUUAUUCCAAAGUCCUGGGCAUGGAAGUGGUGACUUUCAAGGGAAAUCGCAAAGCUUUACGUUUUGGCAACCAGAAGUUUAACCUGCAUGAAGCUGGGAAGGAGUUUGAACCUAAGGCUCGAUGCCCGGUCCCUGGCUCUGCAGAUAUCUGCCUUAUCACACAGGUGCCCUUGGACCAGCUACUGGAACACCUGAAGGCCUGUGGGGUGAUUAUUGAAGAAGGUCCCGUGGCCAGAACUGGUGCCGUGGGUCCAAUAACAUCCAUCUACUUCCGAGACCCCGAUGAGAACCUGAUCGAGGUUUCCAGGUACUGA